AUGGUGCUUGCUCAUAGCAAACACCAUCUCAUCAAGGGGCUGCUGAAGACCCAGCCCCUGAGCCACGCUACUCAGGGGACUGGUCGAGCAGCAGCCCGCGCUCACCUCAAUGCACGCCACCAGCAAUGCUCCGAAUCUUUGGCCAAGGGUUCCUCUGAGGGCUGCUCUUCUACGAGUGCCUCGAUCCAGGCUUUCCGAAAUGCUGCCGCUAAGUGGGCAUCUAUGCGACCUAUCGCGCCAACGCCUAACCCUGCAACACCGGCUGCUCAUCUCUUGGCAGCAGCACGUCUCGCAAGGCCCUUCCUCGCGCUGCUACGCUCCAUCGACUUCAAACCCAUCGUCCGAGGAGCACUAGGUUCCCUCAAGGGAACCUCCCCGGCCUACCAGGAUCUGUCCCACUCGUUCCGUGCAGCACAGCGUGCUGCUUGCCAGGCCUUUCCGCGACGAGCACCCACUACUCCUCAGUAUGCGUUUGCUCUCCGCCGACCACAGCUACCCGCCAGCACGUUCCAUGCCAAUGGACUGCAGACGGCUCGUAACUUCUCCUCUGGCGGGCCGACGCUGGCUCAAGUCAUCACAAAUGCUCCUCUAGCUUUGCGAGCUGCCGGUGACGAGCUUAGCGACGAGUCCAAGAAGUCUAGGAGGGCCCCAUCAGCUGUGACUGCGACCAAGGCUCGCUCCAUGGGCCCACGCAGGUCUGGAGCCUUCGGCGAGCAGCAGAGACAGAAGUUCGCCUUCAGGCUCGCUGAGACUCGUAACACACCUGACUCCGCACAGAAGGCAGCUCGAGUACCUCGCACGGCCGCCGCUGGUCCUUCCGUCCAGGUGCCUGAGCGACAGCAAGAGCAAGACUUUGACUUCUACUUCCCUGAGGCUCCCGCCCCCGAGCCCCUCUGCGAGUCGGAGAAGAUCAUCACGACGAUCGUCGUACCCGUUGACCCGGACAUUGCCGGCUUGAUUCAGGGGCCUCAUCCAGCAACCCCCGAGGGGUCCCCUAGUCUGCUGGGUGACGGUCUCUGGGAUGAUGUACAGCGACGUACAGACGCCUAUCAGAAGCAUCGUCUCCGCCUGGUCUCCGUUUUCCGCCUAUUGGACGAGCUGAUGGGUGUACCACCCUAUCUGCGAGAUCGCCAGCGCUCCUUCCACGCGACGUGCAGUGCCGUUAGGGAGGAGGAUCUCGAGUACAUGCCCGAGACGGUCCACAAUGUCGGAUACAAGUACCGGUUGAAGGGCUACACUGCCAACGAGGUCAGAGAGGCACUCAUUGAUAGGCUUGGGGUCGAGACUGGAGCUUGGUUCGCCCAGCUUAUCCGGGAGGAACGAUUGCAGAGCGUAGCACCACCAGUCGUCGCCUCGGUCGAAAUGGAGCACAGUGCUCGUUCAGCUCAAGAGGAUGGCGCGACUAUGGCAUCGCCCUCGAUCAACGAGUCGUGGGAAGAUGAUACGCAGUCCCUCCCAUCUCUGCCCGAAAGCGCCGUCUCGAUGUCGAUUUCGAGCUGGGAUGGAAUGCUCUACAGCCCUCCUUCCUUGCGUCUCUCGUCCGCUUUCGAGUCGCAAUUGCAGCACCCACAUGAAGAUGAGGAAGACAGCCUGUACUUGCAGGACAGUCGAGUAGGAUGGUAA